AUGGUCGCCAACAUACCUAAAGACGUUAUUGAGUUCCUCAAGCUUGCUGACCAGUUCAUCGGAAUAGAGGAAGAAAUUAACCAGAAGAGCGAGAACCCACCAGAGAAGAGGAAAAGAGAAGGUGAGGCCUCAACAAACGGGGACAACAAGAGGAAGAAGGAUGAGCCAGCCCGAGGAGGAGGAAAAUCGGAUCAGUCUUUCCGAGCUCCUCCAGUCGAAAGAAAGAAUUACAUGCCCUUGAAUGCAAAACGAACAGAAAUCCUCAUGGCGAUCAAGGACGCCUCUUAUGUGAAGUUGCCACCUCGGAUGAGAGGGGAUCCGAACACCAGAAACAGAAAUGUGUACUACCACUUCCACAGAGAUCAUUGUCAUAGCACCAAAAAUUGUAAGAAUCUCCGUGAUGAGAUAGAAGAGCUCAUUCGUCACGGAUAUCUGAAAAACUUUGUACUGAGUGAUAAUAAAAACCAAACAGGUCGGCAGGGGGAGCAAGGUGGAGAUGCUCCCGAGUCCAACAACAGGAAAAAUGAGCAGCCGCAGAGACAGCUGCCCGAAGAGAGGCCGGUUCGAGGGGUAAUACACAUGAUCACUGGCGGAUCGAUUGUCGUGGGCUGCACUUCAACCGCGGUGAAGACAUCAGCUUGUGAGAUUGAAAGAGAAGAACAGAAUCCUCCAAAAAAGCCGAGGUUAGAAGAACCCAUUUUCUUCACUGAAGAUGAUGCGCGCGGAAUCCAGUACCCCCACGAUGACGCGCUCUUCAUAAAGAUAAGAAUUAAUGAUUUUGAGGUGAAGUGCGUCUUGGUCGACUCCGGCAGCUCGGCAAACAUACUCUUCAAGGAUGCAUUCGACAAGCUGCAGCUUCAGGAGAGCGAAAUCAAGCCUGUGAACAUUCCCUUGAAGAUCCAGACAGGACUCUCCAAAUCGGCGCAUCGAUUGAGGAGCCUCUACGUUCUUAGCUGGUAA